CUUACCACCAUUACCACUACCACCAAGUGGACCUACAUGGACCUAUGCUGCAAUUUUCAAGGAUGUUAGGACCGUUCGAUUUGAAGAAAAAACGUUAUUUCAAGAAACCCAAGUAUCGCACGCCGGUCUCCCACCACGAAGUGCUCGUUUUCGACGGUGUAAGUAUGGCAACGUUUACUCAUUUGGAGCUGGAGUUUCGCGUAAACAGCAUGCCGGAAGAUCCAAUUCAUUCCUCGAAACGCUCAUGGAGCUGGAUUACGGUAUUGCGGUUAUACUUAGUGGUCGCUCUUCUGGCCAGACUGUUGAAAGCUCGACUCAGCCUUUCUUCCAGAUUUUCACCUUACAAGUCAUAUAAAGGUGCUCGAUAAAUACUUAAAUAAUAGAUCACCUCAAGAUAGACGACGACUAUCCACGAACUCCACAAAAUCAAAGCUCGCGUCUUUCAUCCCUGCAGAAUUGGAGCUUUCUUACCACAUCCAUGUUCAACAAGCUCCAAAUGGCUCCACUCCGAACUUACGGUAACUCAUCCGUUGGGCGGAUCCAUAUAUAAGGGAUGCGAUUUCAGUUACUCUACUCUCCAUCAUGAAGUCUUUCCGAGUCAUCGCCAUCCUAGCUGUCGCCGCUGCUUCUUGCACCUCCGCCAUCCCAGUCGACGUCCCAGGCAAAACCGACUUACCCACGUCCUCCACAUCUACUUCCGUCAAUGCCGAUACUGCCAGUGUCACCCAAGGAGCCGGUGAAACUGUUUCUGCCGUUGCCAGUGAUGUAACUGUAACGAGCACAACUGCUUCUGUUACCGCUUUCCCUCCACCGCCGCAAGGUCGCAUUCCCAGGAGUCUCGAAGGACUAAGGCUACCUGAGUUGAACGGUCUCGGCGGGGGACUCCGAGUCCUUGGUAGGAAAGCCACUGGCAUCACCGAUACUGGCAGUUCGAGCGUGAAUUCGACCUCGACUGGUGGUGGUUCAGCUGCUCCUACUGGUGAAACUGCUUCUCUACCCGGUAAUGGUAAUGAUGAGGACGAGGAAGGCCAGGACGAAUACGAGGGUCAAGGUAAUGGCGAAGUUCAAGGAGAACAAUCCCAUGGCCAGCCCACCACCGUUACUGUUACCGUCACUGCUACCAGUAUUGGAGGUGCUGAAGGGGCCACCGGAACGGCUGCGGCUACCGUUACCAGCACUGGUACUACUGAAGGUCAACCCACUACCCCUGUCACCGCCGGUGACACUCAGACUGCUACGUCUACCUCGACUUCUGAGAACUCGGAAAACACUCAGGCUGAGGAUGCCCUCCAAUCUCGCCAAGAAGAAGAAGAAGAAUGCUAGAAACUAUCAAUAUAUAUUCCUGUAAUACAGUCAUGCGUCGACGAUACCGAUACCCCCAUCAUCUAGAUUUAAAUGCCUUUUGCAGAUCAGUAAUACUUGCAUUUACGCUCUUUAGUUACCUAUUUGUCAGCUAGACUGGCGCGAUGCCCUUACUUGAUACCCUCUUGGAGUCAUGCAAUCUCAAUCUACGCUCUUUUACGCUCGUA